GUGAAAGAACUGUUUCUUGUCGCUAUGGCUCCCGACCCGUGGUUGGCUGCCUAUGACAGCGCACAUGGCCUGGCUCAGGAGAUUGCUGAGAAAAUCCACGAGCGCAAUCGCUGUCUGAGGAACGGAGAGAAUCCUGUUAAGGUGAACGUGACCGUGAGGUCGCUCACGCAGAACCUACAUGGGAAGAUUGAACACCUGAAGGAGGCUUUGCUCAGAUCCGUGUCAAUGCGUCAGAUAACACAACUGGAAGGGGAUCGUAGACAGAACAUGGUGGAUGAUCUCGUCACCAAAGAGAAGCAACUGCAAAUGUUAUUCAAAAACGACGGAGCAGAGCCCGACGUCGUGAGGUCGAGCCUGAUGAGUGGCGGAAGGCCUUCUCGACAUAACCCCUGGGUCUUGGAAGAGCCGGAGGAGACCCGAGGACUUGGGUUUGGGGAAAUUCAGCAGCAUCAGCGGCGGAUCAUAGCAGAACAAGACGCCGGCCUGGAGGCCCUCUCCUCCAUCCUUACCCGACAGAAACUGAUGGGCCAGGAUAUCGGGAACGAGUUGGAAGAACAAAACGAAAUUAUCGACGAUCUCGCCAACCUGGUGGAAAACACCGACGGGAAAGUCCGCAGGCAAACGCGGAACGUAAAGCUGGUAGAUAAGAAAUCCGGCUCUUGCGCCAUGUUGUUGGUCAUUGUUUUACUACUCAUCGCUAUUGUGGUGGUUGCCGUUUGGCCAACUAAGUAACAAAAGCCCUCGAGGGGCAGGCAAGCGAGUUCUGGCGAAGAAAUCCCGAUUAUCCUGAUCUGAGAGGAGGCAAAUCCACCGUCCAGCUGCUGAGACGCUUCUCUUAUCUCGCGGGUCUUGGAUUCACGACCUGCCCUUGGACUUUGAAGCCACUUUCUGGGAUGUCACCGGUGGUGAGUCGUUACAGAGUGACCUCUAAAGCCACUAAUCCUGUCUACAAACUUUAUUCAGAGA